AUGGUCACCUCCAAGUUUCCAGCUGACAUCGAGUGUUUCGUUGGAGGAUUCGAGUUAUUCAUCAGUUCCAGCAUGAUUAUCAGAUUUAUGACUAAGAUUUGUGACACUCAUCAAUCAGUAGGUUCUGCACCUCAUAUAUUGUAUAAAAAGUUCUCUAAAGAUCAAGCUUGUGGGAAAACCAGAAAUUCAUCUGUGAAUGACAUGGCAUUGUUUUUACUGAAAGUUGGUGCCUUAGAGACAAUAAGGAGAUUAUCAAAGCACAGGUGUCCUUUUAUAUGGUCCAGUUUGCAAACUUUACAAGUUUUCUGCUACCCACCACUUAAAUGGCUCCAAAGAUGGAAUCUUUUCAGGAAUUUUAUUAAAGGCAUGCAGAUGUUGUCAAGACCAUUACUAGUGCUCUCUAUUGCAACGACUUUCUCAAAUCAUUCAGAACAAAACAAUCUUGAUUCAGAUGAUAUAGAAAUACAAGAUUCAGAUGGAAGCGAUUAUCAUGGUGUUCAAGAAUCAAAUCCUGAAUUGCCUCCUACACAAUCCACUAGGGUUGAUGAUGAAGUUCCAUCAUCUACAAAUUGGUUAAUUGAUCUUUAUAAAGAGCUUGACAACCAGGGUCUUCAUUUACCUGAAAGAAUAAACAAGGAUGAGCUUCAUAGGUUUCAUUAUGCAGCAAAUGGUGAUUUUUCAAGUUUGGUUACUUCAGUCAAGAAGUCAAUACAAUGGAGAAAGACAUAUAAAAUUCUUUCACAAGAAGAACUCGAGGCAUGGGCAAAUAUGGUAUUUUGGCAUGGAACCGAUGUUAAAAACCGCCCCUGUCUCAUUGUUCGUCUAGUUGCUUGCAUCCACUUGCCACCCAGUGAAAGACCCCGUUUCUCACAAGCAAUCAUAUCUCAGGUAGAACAUGGGAUGCUACAUCUAGUAAAUGCUGAAAAUCCUGAGGUAACAGUAUUGGUGGAUUGUGAAGGAUUAUCUCUAAGAUUCCCAAUGCAACUACUUAGAUCAUGUUCAAUUACUCUUCAAGAAAACUACCCAAAUCGUUUGGGUUGUUUGUUUAUUAUUCGACUUCCUCCUGUUGCUAGAGUUAUUGCACAGACUUUCAUUCAAGUUUUGAAACCCGCAACGAGACAAAAACUUAAAAUAAUAGGGCGAAUGUACAAAAAUGCCCUUGAGGAACACCUGAGGACGUUUCCAUCGUAUCUAGGUGGCGAAUGUGGGUGUUGUAGAUGUGUAAAGGUUGGGAACUCGCAUUUGGAGAUUAAUGAAUUUAACGAAGAAGGGUUAAAUGUGGAGAGAGUGAGAAGUGAAGGGGGGUUUGAGAAUUAUUAUUAUGAGUUUGGUGAUGUGAAUGAAGGUUGUGAGAGGGUGUUGAGAUCUGCUGUGGUCGGGAUUUUGAUGGUGUGGGCGUUAAUUGCUCUUAUUGCUGGAAUACUUGACCCUGAAACUCGUCCUGGUUUACAAGUUUGAGGAAUUUGUAUUUUUAUUAGAUGUGAAUAAAUUGUGUGUAUAUUGUAUUAACUUAUAGUAUGAUUUAUAUAUGUCCUUAUUGUAGAUUUAUGUAUACCAAUCGAGUGCAUCUUCUCAACGAAUAUAUGUAUCCUAACUAUAGUGC